AUGCCGACUGCCGAAGAACUGCAACAGCAACUCGAAAAACAGCAAGAAGCCAUCCGGAAGCUAGAGCACACUCCAGCCGGUCACAGACCCGCCUACACCGACUCACAGGAGAAGCAGCUACGCAAGCUGAUAAACGAGAUGGAGCUAGGGGACCGACAACCAUCCCAGUUAUUCCGCGAAAUGAAGGCACUCGCGGGGCAGCAGAUGAAUAGCGAAGUCAUAAAAACGCUCUGGCUACAGCGACUUCCACCACAUGUCCAACUCGUGCUGUCUGCGAGCGAGGGAGUACCGCUGGAAAAGAUGGCAGAAAUCGCGGACAAAUUGGCGGAAAUACACAGAAGCAACGCUAUGGCUUCCAGUAUCAACGCGAUAGGCGCCACCAGCGACACGACGCGGCAGAACACCAUCGUACCAACGCAGGAAACUAACCUCAUUACGGUAAUUGCAGACCUCCAGAAACAGAUGGCGGCCUUAUCGGUAGCCGUAAAUCACCUAACCAACACGAGAGGGCGCAGUCCACAAGCACGGCAAAAUGACAGCCGAAAUCGGUCAAGGACACACAGCAGGCAACGCACGGAUCAAAAUGGCGUUUGUUAUUACCACGCCAAGUUCGGUGUAAACGCCCGAAAGUGUUUCAAACCCUGCACGUUUGUACAGCCGGAAAACUAG